AGUCGGAUUUCGACAGCAUCUCUUACUUUGACACAACACGACGGAAGUUGGCAUCUUAUUCCUGCUGUUCCGCCGAAAUCACCUCUACGAUGAUCCUCUCAGUCUGAGGAUUUUCAUCGCUGGAUGCUGUACAGUAACACGAAAGGACCGGAGAGUUUGGAGAAUUUUCACUGAGUGACUUGUUGAGACGGCAGUCUCAGACUUGAGAACAUGAAGAAUCCUCUGUACUGGGCUGUGCUGGCUGCAAUGACCAUCAUGUUGAUGGAGCAAGGGUUGCUAGUCCGCAGCCAAGGAGACUAUCAGUCCAACAAUAAAGUCAUGGACAAUAUAACUGUCCGGCAGCGAGAGACUGUCUUUCUUAGGUGUGAACAGGGGAAUGCUGUGACACACACAGCAUGGCUAAACCGGUCUAGUAUUCUCUAUGCUGGAGAAGACAAGUGGUCGGUGGAUCCUAGAGUAAGUCUGGUGACACUAAACGAAGAAGAGUUCACCAUCAAGAUCGAAAAUGUGGACAUGACAGAUGAAGGGCAGUACGUGUGUGCGGUCCAGACAAGCAGUCGGCCGAGAACGACCUCAGUGCACAUCCUUGUUCAAGUACCACCAAAAAUCAUCAAUCUGUCAAGGGAUAUCGUGGUAAAUGAAGGUUCAAAUGUAACUCUGAUGUGCCAAGCCAGUGGUAAACCAGAGCCUUUCAUCAGCUGGAAAUUCGUCUCCUCCUCAGCUGGCCUGGUGUCGGAUGAUGAGUUUCUUGAAAUCCCAUCCAUUUCCCGACAGAGAGCUGGGACCUAUGAAUGCACAGCGGCCAACAACAUUGGCACAGAUCUGCAAACUUUGAACAUCAUUGUAAACUAUGCUCCAGCUGUGACGGACGGCAGGGAUGUUGGAGUGGCUCUGGGCCAGCCUGGAGUUCUGGAGUGUGAAGCAGAUGCAGUGCCUGAGGCAGACUUUGAGUGGUACAAAAAUGACAGACGGAUCUCUAACGGACUGGAUGGCUUAAAUAUUAUCAGUACUGGAUCCUUGUCAAAACUGACAUUUUUCAACGUAUCUGAAGGGGAUUAUGGGAACUACACCUGUGUUGCCAUCAACAAACUUGGGAAUUCAAACACAACUUUUUAUCUUUAUGGUCGAAACGCAGUUCAAGAUGGCAGCGGCACAUCAGUGGGACUGCACUGUCACAGCUGGGUCCUCUUUAUAGUGUUCAUCCCCUUCUUACUCCGGAUUUGAGGACAUUUGGACUUCUUUUGAAAAUGUGUGAAAAUACAUAGAGAUCAUUUUUAAAUGUAACCAUCAUAAGAUAUUCCCCAAACUGCGGAUGUUGAUUCACUAAAUGAUAACAUGUUGUAACUUAUACCAUUUCCUCCUCUCUUUUUUUGUUGAUUGAAAUGGAUUUUGUUCUUGUGUAUUAUAAACUAAGAUGUAUUACUCUAAGCAUUUUUAAAAAGGGAUACAUUUGAUCUUUCAUGUGUAUAAAUGAGGUUUUUACCUACCCGUUACAUUAAGCUAAACCUCACUUUAUUACUGAACAUGGGAGCAAAAUAAUUUGGUAUUAUUUUAUUUAAUGUAUCAUAAUCUUUAUAAUCUUGUGCUGUAAGUUAGAACUACUUUUGACCAUGUAAAGAGAUAUUUUUUUAUCGUA